GUGGAGGCUGAUUUGUUCAUUCCUAGGUUCGGCAAAGGGCGAGGAGUCAGCAUCUCCCAACUUCUGUCUCCGAGAGGGAAACAAGCAUCUGUUGAGAGGAGUCGGACGGGCACAUAAGGGUCAGUCGAGAAAGAAAGUUAUCACGCACGAGGACGAAAAGGGAAGGACACAGGAAACCAAAAAGGAGCGGAGAGAGGAGAGGUGACCCGGCCGAAGACGCGACAUGUUUGGCAUGAUCAAGAAUUCGCUCUUCGGAAACACCGAGGAGACGGAAUAUAAAUUGCUCAGCAGCGAGACGAAGGAUGGAGUUAGCUUUGAGGUGCGGCGAUAUGAUGGUGCCAAAUAUGCUGUUGUUUCCUCUGAGGGACGAACUUUUGACCAAGUGACUGGGGAGCUGGUGAGGAAGCUGCUCAUGUACAUCGGUGGGAGCAAUGAACAAGAGGAGGCCAUGGGCACAGCAGCUCCCAUCAUCAUCACAGUGUACCCACGCAACGACGGUGUUCUGUCUCGCCGCUUGGUGGUCGCCAUCCGUAUUCCCACCAACUACCAGCAAGAGCCCCCGACUCCCACCGACAGUGCCAUCAGGAUUGAGGAGCGGCCCGGCAUGACUGUAUACACUCUGCAGUUUGGAGGCUUCGCGGGUGAGAGUGAGUACCGAGCAGAGGCCUUGCGUUUGACCCGCACCCUGGGUGAGACGGCCCCCUUCCAGCGCAAGCAGUACUUCUGCUGUAGCUACGACCCGCCACUGAAGCCUUACGGACGCCGCAACGAGGUGUGGUUUCUACAGGAAGAGCCGUAGAAGCCAUUCUAUCCGAUCUGAGUCAAAUCUCAUGCUGAAUCCUUUAUUCAACCUUAAAUACCCUUUCACUGCCGACAAUCCUGUAGCUCUAACAGUAUUCAGUUGGUAAGAGCAAUAUGGUGACUUAAUAGACCUUCGAACCUAAAUGGACAGAUAGAGAUUACCCAUGUUGCCUUUACCCAUCUGAUCACCUGCUUUCUCUAUCACGUUUCCUUUAUUCUUUUAUUUCUCUAAAAGAAACAACUCUGAAACAAUGCGUGAUGAGACUGAUUCAAGGCUUCUAGACAAAUGUAGUGUUAAGAAGUGAACCUUUUUCUCCCAUGUAAUAUGUUUUAUACAAAAUUUUGAUUCAAUUUUCAGCUGUUAAAGGCAAGGGAAAAUAGAUCUUAAAAAACUACCUUUAGAUAAACUUGUACGCUACUGCCUCUGUCUUACAGGUUUGAAACAGAAAGCUAUCUAACUCAGUGAAUAAUCUAACUGAAUUGAUUUUUUUCACCCCUUUUAGAAUUAAAUGUUUGUCCUAAAGGGUCGAUCAAACCCAUGUAGAGCUCUCUUCUCCCUAAAGAACACACUGUAGGGCUUUGCACAUCUUUUAUCUAGUUUACACUUUAGUGACGACUACAGAGAAAUGUACAGAAUUAA